CAGACGGCCAGUGUGGUUGUCAGUCCGGCUGUCCGAACUCGAGCUUGAAAGCUUGAACGUGGUCACUCGAUUAUCAGGGAUGUCAGUAACAGUACCAAACAGAGCCAAUCAUGAUGGCACCAGUUCGUCUGUCCCACCUCUUCCAACUCUGAAUCCGUAGUAUUCACAACAUGAACACUGGUGUUAUCGAUCACGCACAUCUAUCAGGGAAUCAGAGUGGAGUUGACGAGACCACAAUGAAAAAUCUGAGCCAAUACAUCUUGUCACACCGACAACGUCCCGUUCCUUCGUUCAGUGACAUGGAAGCCUUCUUAAAGUUGUCGGAGGAAGCUGCUACACAAGCUAGACUGGAUGAACUUGAUCAGCAGUUCUAUGCAGACUUGGACCAGCUUUAUACCGUCCGCGCGCAGGUUUACAAUGAAGAUGCUGUAGACCGAUACAUCGCGUACGAUAAAGUAUUGGAAGCGGGACUCGAUGAUAAGGCAUGGCGUGAUUUGGUGCACACCUCCGGCGAAGCCUCGCAACGUGAAUUCGAAUCCACAUUCAACUACAUCAAAUCCACAUACGAAGACAGCCGGGCUGAACUGCUGCCCAUUAUCAGACACUAUCCCUCGCUGAACGCUCGCUUUCCCCAAUCAGUGCGAGAAUUUGAGUCGAAAACAGCACAGAUGCAGAUGCGGAUCGCGUUGUUCCUCACAGGAGGUUCAGAGAAGAAGGAACGGCUUCUCAAAGAUUAUGGUUGGACUGAAACGGAGACAGCUGCGAUGACGGAAGCUUACAGUUCAGACGAGCAGUUUCGAAUCACCAUCAACGGCCUCAUCAUCGGAUCCUAGACGAUGAAAGUGUAGUGAUGGCUUAACGAAGGUUCAACCGCAGCAAGCAGGUCAGGUUCAUUCGAGUAGAUCAACGAUGACAGGUCGUACUCCUUGUCCACCUACUUGGUAGUUCUUGCCCACCCGGGCCUUCUUCGGUCCUUCCGGCCAGUUUGCUGCAUUGACAAAGAUGGUCUGAGGUCCCUCCGCGGCGAUGGAUUCGGAAUCUGACUGCGCUUGGGGUGCGACGCCCGUGGCCCAGCUAUGGAUAUGGGCCCCGCGAGCCUCGUGAAUGUGCCCAAACGCGUGGAGCCGAGGGCGAAGAGCUGAGACGCGGUUUGCGAGGCUGGGACAACCAGCCAUGGCCCCUUUGGCGGUGCGAUCGAGGACGUUGAGUGGCGGGCCGUGGGUCAUGCUGCGAUGGGUUGUGAGACAUGAGCAAUUGAGCUUCAGGGCUGAACAGGUGACCGCACAGGAUGUCGACUUGAGGGAAUUUGGCGACCGCUGCUGUAAGCACAAGUAAGAGACAAGCCCUUCGCAACCGAAAAAUUUGAUUCCUACCGAUCCCAUCCGCCUUUUCGUAGCUGAAUGCUCGUAACCGGCCCUUGUAACUCGGCGUCAACUACGGUGGGUGAGCGACAGUCGGCACCGGGAAGCAGAACCGCGCACGGGAGAGCCAUACACAGACCACUCCCUGCCGUCUGGGCGCACUUUGAAUGUAUGGACUUCAUCUUGGAGGUAUUUGAUGUUUGAACAAGUAGCCUCCGGCCCUGAGAGUAAUUCCAAGAGAGGCUCGGCAGGCUGGUCAUGAUGAUGAGAUGGAGCCCUUGCCCACCAGAAAAGCUGGCAGAGGACACGCACCUCCCAUGGAGACACGGUGUCAUGGUUCCCUCCCUGCCUCCAACAGCGAUCAUACCAAUCUCGAUCCAACGAAAAAUCGCGGUUCCCCGCGAUCACGCUACGAAGGGUGGUCGGUCACUCAAGUUCUCCCCAGGAGGAUCGCAUCACACAUCUUGACAGGAUGAGGCAGUUCGCAGAGCCAUUCCAUCGUCCGCCGCAGUUCGGCUGCAGUGCCCCGGCGAGUGAGAUCCCCACAGUGGAGCAACACGUCGCCAUCGGGCACAGGGAAGGUUUCUGCAUGGGUGUCGGAGAGGAUGACGAAGCGGGUCCAGGGUCCAGAGGGUGGCGGGGCAGGGUCGGCAAUAUAAUCGAGUUGCACAACGCAGGUCGGCGAAACAAUGCUGCCCCUCGGUGAAAUCGAAUCCGUCAUGACAUAACAGUUGGUGCACCGCCGCGCCAACCACGCCAAGUUGUUAGUCUUGACGUCGGUCAGAUGGAUGCCGCUUCAAUGUUAUUUUUCGGCGGUGUACUGUAUAGCUUAGCAGUAGUGAAAAGUUGGAUAAGUGCCAGUAAGGAGCGAUAUCCAGCUGAGCAGGAGCACGAACGUUGGUGACAAGUGGGAGAUAUCCCAAUCCGGACCGGCGGGAUCACAUUGCUCCUUAGACCUCUACCCCCACCACCAUUCUAUCCUCGGCCUGCAAGUAGUAGCGCCAUGUCUACCGUCGCCGGCGACCCCCAUAUCCACGAUGAUGAUGCGCCUGGUCCCCCCAUAUCAGUCCCCGAAAGCGGAGAAGGCGAAGGUGGCAAGCUCCAGAUGAUCAUGCAGCUCGUCAAGAAGUCUCUGGGGGUUAAGGACAUCGCUGCCAUGCGUCUCUCGCUGCCCGCGUCACUCCUGGAGCCCAUGCCGAACCUUGAGUACUGGCAGUAUCUUGACCGACCGGACAUGUUCGCAGUUAUCAACGACUCUCAAGACCCCUUUGAGCGCAUGCUCGCUCUGGUCCGAUUCGCGUUCACGAAGGAUCUCAAAUUCGUGCACGGCAAAGUGUGCAAACCUUACAACUCUGUCCUCGGGGAGCAUUUCCGUGCGCACUGGGACGUCGCCCCGGCUCCACCACCGAUCGUCGCCUCGGCUUCCGCCGAUGUUAGGCCUAGCCCAGACAACGAAAGUCUCAAGAGCUCAAAGAGCAACCGCAGCGGUCUGAGCGCAUUCUCCAAGACCGGGAAGUCGCCAUCAACAGCCGCCACCUCCGUCGAAGCCGCCGCUGCUGACAUGUCCCAACUUAAUCUUUCGGCUUCUAAUGACACGGUCCGUGUGGUCUUUCUGACUGAGCAGGUGUCGCAUCACCCACCUGUUUCGGCAUUCUAUGCGUCGUGUCCUUCGCGGUCCAUCGAAAUGUACGGAAUCGACCAGAUUUCGGCCAAGAUUUCGGGCACGACCCUGCGUGUUAUGCCUGGUGUGUUCAACAAGGGCAUAUUCAUCAACCUCACUGGCGGCCCUGGAGCCGGAGAAGAGUACAAUAUCUGCCACCCUAUCGCCUCGGUCAACGGAUUGUUACGGGGGAGCUUCUAUGUCACCAUUGCCGACUCGACGAUCAUCACAUGCACGACUGGAGGGAAGCAGCGGUUCAGAGCGAUCAUCGAGUACAAGGAGGAGUCAUGGCUUGGCCGGGCGCACUACCUCGUAGAAGGUGUGAUCCACACUGUCGUUGAUGGCGAGACACAGCACGAGAAAUGGACCAAGGUCAAGCAGGUGCCCCAGAACCGCGUCGUCGCGGUCUUCGACGGGUCGUGGCGAGGACGUAUUCGUUGGCGCCGCGUCGGCGCAGGCUCCUACCCGCAAGUCACAUCGUCUACCAGCUCCUCACCGAACCCAUCUCACGCGACGCUCUCCACUUCGCUGUCGACGCCUUCGGCCGCAUCGUCGCGCAUGGACAUCUCUGCUGUCAAGGACGAGGAAUGGGCCACCCUGGUCGACCUGUCGACGUUGCUCCCGACGCCCAAGGCCGUCCGCCCGCUUGAUAAGCAGGAGCCGAGAGAGAGUCGCAAGUUGUGGGAGACUGUGACCACUCGGCUACUCAACAAGGAGUUCUCCGAUGCGACCAAGGAGAAGGUGAUCAUUGAGCAGCGCCAGCGUGACGAGGCAGCAGAAAGGAAACGCAAGGGCGAGACCUUCGUCCCGGUCUACUUUGAUGCGAGCAUGGAGAAAGGGCACUCGGCUCUUACUGACGCCGGGCGGAAGGCGAUCGAAGAGGAGAUGGUAGAUCCCACAGAAGCAGAAGAGGCACCUGCUGUUGUCUGAGGCUCCCCAAUACUAGAUGUCACUGCUUGCUUACAGACUACGAUUUGUUUCAACAUAACUAUGCGUAGCAUACGACCUUCAUGUUUUUCCCUAAUCGGACAUUUACGUUUCGGAUUGUCCGUGUCUGU